GAUCUGCACACGUGGAGGACGCCUCAGAUUUACACUAUGUCCCUGCGUGAAAACACAAUGGACAGACCACCUGUGGACAGAUCACAGACCAGUGAACCUGUUCCCACAGACAACAAACGAACCCACAGACUUUAUCCAUCGCUGCCCAAUAUAGACACGUAUGACUUUUGUGUCCUGGACUACUCCAUUGGUGAAAAGCUUCACACAGCCGCAGAGUUUCAUCCUGAGAGACAGCUGGAAGACACACAGUCAGAAGUGUCUGCUGCCAACAGUGAUGUCAGAAUGAAAGCACAGAUACUUAUCUUGGAGGAGCAAAAACAAGAGCUUAUUUCUAUUAAUGAGAAAUGGGCAAAAGAGUACCGAACCAUGGUGAGGUACUACAAAGAGAAGGUUCAGGAUUUAAAAGCAUUACUGCAGCAAAGCCGCAAUCACUUUGAAGAGGGGACGUGUGAGGAAGGAGAAAAGCACACCACAUUAUAUAAAAAACUCAAAUUCAAGACAAACAAAGACAGCAAAUCGACUGGUGAUGGUGAUGCAACCUCUGAGCUACUAAAAGUAGAAAAGGAGGCAAAAGAGCUGCGAGCGCAGAACGCAACUCUGACCCGGAGAGGGCAACACCAGCAAAAGGAGAUCAAACGACUGAAUGAGGCCCUAGAGGAGGCUCUUCUCACCACUAAACCUCAUGGAGAGAGCAGUGAAACACUACAGGAUCUGUGGAAACAUCAGGCUCAGGUCUACAAGGAAGACUUUUUGACAGAGCGGAAGGACAGAGAGAGGCUUAACGAGAAAUAUUUGGAGCUACAGAAUCGGUUCAGAAAAGUUCGCACUGAGCUGCAUGUCCUUAAAUCUCAGGUGACCUGGGCUCCGCCACCACAACCCGUGCUUGAAUGUGUCUGCACAAAUCGAGUCAAAUGUCCAGACUGUGAGGACCACAUGCGGUUACAAAGGACGAAGCACUCUUAACAACAAACUGUGAACUCAAUGGCCUCCUCACUCUUCAUGUGAUAAUAUUUUGCUGUACUUUAUGGAAGCAUCUCUUACAGUAUGAUGGCUGUAUCAGAGUUCAUCAUUCCUCAACACAGAGGAAGUGAGCCGUGUUCUGUUUCCUCCUUCACCGACUGUGUGCUGCAGGUCCAGCUUCGGGUGGUUUUCAGACCACCUCACCAGUCUGGACCCAUUUGGUGACCUAUUGUGGGGGAAAGAAAUAAAAAUUGCAAAUCUCUGUAUGCACGCUUCCCAGGAGGAGAAAAGCAGCAAAAAGCAGUAUAAGAUACUCUACCCAGUGAAUGCAUUGUUUUGCUAUGUAAGCCAUGCUGAAUUUCCUCAGUUCCUCCUCCUCUUGCGACACAGGUCCUGAGGGAGAUAUCAGUUAUUGCACAACUGAAACACUAUUGGCACGCAUGAUGUUUAUCAAUCAGAUGCAAAAAAAAAAAAAAAAAAUAUGACAGAUGUUCCUGUUUUCAGUAGUACCUGUAACCAUAGUGAGCCCAGUACAGAGGGAAGAUCCAAGAAAAAACAAAGCAUGGUCACAGUGGUCUGCUCUGACAAAACUGGGUCUUAUCUUACUGUGCGUCACAGGUGAAAGCUGAAACUGAUAGACGUACACCAGCAAACCUGCAUCUGUAAGGAGGAAACAUAUCAAAGUCAUGCGACUGCAGGAACUGUAUUGUUCUUCGGUCAUGUUGUUGCAGGUAUUCAUUCUGUAUUAGUUCAUUUGCACCUGAGGCCUGUCAGAGAGGAACGAUAGAGGUAAUCGAAGAAAAAGUAUAUAUGAACAUUUAUUUUGACAGUAUAUUUAUGAAUGUUUGAAGUGAUCUGUUGGUACAUAUUAUUCCUGUUUAUUGUUUAUUUAUCAUGUAUAUAAACCACUGAAUGGCA